AUAAACACAGGAAGAGAAGGUGUAAGUGGAGGAAGAGAGUUGAAUGAAGAUAUUAAAAACAGUACAAAGCAGUGCAGAUAUGGCAGAAGAAUUACGGAGGUUCCUAUACAAGAAGCUAACAAGUGUUGAAGGGCUCCAUGCUAUUGUUGUGUCAGACAGAGAUGGGGUGCCAGUUAUUAAAGUUGCCAAUGAGAAUGCCCCUGAGCAGGCAUUGAGACCCGCCUUCCUUUCUACAUUUGCACUUGCCACCGACCAGGGCAGUAAACUUGGUCUCUCCAAAAAUAAGAGCAUCAUCUGUUACUACAGCACAUACCAGGUUGUCCAGUUUAAUCAACUGCCUCUGGUAGUAAGCUUCAUAGCCAGCAGCAAUGCCAAUACAGGGCUAAUUCUCAGCUUAGAGAAAGAACUCGGCUCCUUGUUCAAAGAGCUUCGUCAGGCGGUGAUCUCUUGAUGUGGACCAUCUCAUGUCACACUUUUUUUUUGGAACUUAAAGUAGGAAAACAAGAUGCAAAAUAUAUUAUUUUGUAAAUGUUGCACAUUUUCAGUAUUCCCAUAACUAUGAAAUUCUGCUUUCCCGUUUCUGCAAACUCCACUGUUUCUCCCUGCUCACUCCUAGCAUUUGCCUCAUGUACUUGUCAUACAGCAGCUCAUGCUUUAGCAGUGUAUAUAUUAUAGUACAGUACAGUAUAUAUGACUAGUAUAUAUGAAUAGUGCAGGGCCCAGACUGCAGCCCUUUGUUUCAAGACUCUUCAAGGCUCUUUUGCUAAUAAAGUGUAGUCAUUCACAGAAACCUUCAGAAUACUUCCCAUUGGCACUUUGCGUUAUUUUCUUUUUAAAGCAGUUACUUUCUCAAAACCCUGGCAUGCUUCAGCUGAGAAACUUCAACUUUGCUCUUAUUUGUAGGGGUGGUUUACUUUUACGUUAACUUUUAUUUUGUUAUAAAAUGGUCAAUUCUAAGCAACUUUUCAAAUGGUCUUCAUUUUUUUUAUAUAGUUUUGGAAUUAUUUGCCUUCUUCUGACACUUUCCAGCUUUUAAAUGGGCUAAGCAAAAUGCUCUGUAAAGCUACAAAUAUAUUGUUAUUGCUACUUUUUAUUACUCAUCUUUCUAUUCAGGCCUCUCCUAUUCAUAUUCCUGUUUCUUAUUCAAAUCAAUGCAUGGUUGCUAGGGGAAUUUGGACCGGAAAUUGGCUGAAAUAAGCUAAAUAAGUCAAAAGCUACAAAUAAAAAACAAUUGCAAAUGGUUUUAGAAUAUCACUUUCUACAUUAUACUAUGGGGGUUAUUUAUCAAAGUCCGAAUUUCUCUUAAUAUAUUUUCUGAAAAAAACUCAAGACCAAAUCCGCACAGGUUUUUUGGGCUUAUUUCUUAAUACACUUUCCUGGAAAUUUUGUUUGCAGGGAAAAAUACGUGAAAAAAAGUUUCACAAUUUUUUCGGAUUUUUCACCUGAAAACUCAAGUAUUUUGCCUAAAAACUCCAAAAACUUCAGGGUAUUGCCAAAAACCCAGCAAACAUCAAAAAACCAUUGGGACUUCUCCCAUUGACUUAUAUGCAACCUCGACAGGUCUGAGAUGCCGGAUUUUCUGAUUCAGACUUAUCCAUCCUCGGGGUUUAAUAAAUUCCAAAAAAAUGUGAUUUUUUUUUAAAAUUCCAGUUUUAUCAAAAAAAAUCACGAAUUUUUCAUGAUUUUUGCAUUCGGAAUUUAUUAAAUGACCCCCUAAAAGUUAACUCAAAAGUGGAAACCCCCUUUAAGUAGAGUGACAGCUCUAGGGAGUCGUAAUCAACUUGAUCUCCACGUGUCGCUUGUCUGGAUCACUUCUAAUUGGCUGUUGUCAUUGUAUACAUUGCGUUUAGGACACAGGCUUAAGAAUUAUUUUGAGGAAGGUAUGAAAACCUUUAUCAUGUGAACUCAUGAAGUUUAUUAUAAUUGUAUAUUUCAAUACUUUAAUAAAUGGGCACAAGGAGCAAGACCAA